AUGAUCGAGGAUGAGAUCUACCGGUCUUCGACGCAAUACCGUCUCUGGUCCUUUACCAAGGACUCGUUGAACUCGUUGCGUGCCAACACGAACGCCCUUGCCAGCGAGCGUAUCCGGGCUGCACAGAAGCGGGCACGCGAGGCCCAUCGCUCCGCCACGCCGUCGACCGCCGAGAACUCGACACCAAAUCCCAGCGAUGUGGAAGGAAAAGCGGAAGCGGUUCUUGAGAAGGAUGUCGAGUGUCUGACGCCGGAGGAAGAGGUGGAGUUUGUGAGAUACUACUGCGAGCAGACCCUGGAGCUGGGUGAUACGUAUAAGCCGCCUUUGCCGACCAUGGUGAGGGCGACAGCUAUCCAAUAUCUCCGUCGCUUUUACCUAACAAAUUCUGUCAUGACCUACCACCCCAAGUCGAUCAUGCCGUGUGCUCUCUUCCUUGCUACCAAGACGGAUAAUUACUACAUGUCCCUGCGGGACUUCGCAAACGGCGUGCCAGGGAUCACCAAACCAGAGGAGGUGAUUGCUCCCGAAUUUACGUUGACGCAAGGCCUCCGGUUCACCUUCGACGUGCGCCAUCCAUUUCGGGGCCUCGAAGGCGGAGUGAUGGAACUGCAGGCUAUUGCACAGGGCGAAGGGAAGCCAGGCCCGCAUCACACGGGCCAGACGCCUGAGAGCUUAAAACAAGCAUUACAUUCAAUACCCCCGCUCGCCUCUCAGGCGGAUCGACCAGUGUCGAUAUCGACGCGCAUUGCCAAUGCGCACAGCAAGGCUCGUGAGAUUCUCAAAACGGCGGCCCAGAUGACGGACGCCUAUUUUUUCUACACACCGUCCCAGAUCUGGCUUUCCGCCCUCCUUCUUGCUGACCAACCUCUCGCCCAAUUCUACAUUGAUAUCAAAAUCCCCCCGGGGGUCGAACCCACAAACGCGGAUCCGACAAACCCGCUGGCAUUGAUCCGGAUGAAACUGUUGAACACCUUGUCGGAUUGUGCGAAGUUACUAGAGUCAUAUGCGCCGGUGUCUUCAGACCCGGAAAAGAGAAAACGUCUCAAGGGCAUCGCCAAGAAGGUUUACCAGUGCCAGCAGAUCGAAAAGCUGGAUCCUGCUGGACCGAGCGGACAAAAGCGCGCAUCUGGCAAUCUUCCUGCUGCAGGAAACGAAGGUAUUUCAGAAAGUGAGAUGGAACGGAUGGCCAAGAAACGAAAACUCGAGCGCGAGCGAAGGGAAAGAGAAGCACGGGAGCUCUUCGGUGGUGAAUUGAUCAACAAGCCGAAUAAAGAGGCCGAAGCCAAUGGCGGAGAAGGGGGAACUGAAUAG